AGCAGCUCACCCUUGCUGGCUACUGCUUGAAAAUGGUGAUGUUUGGUAACGCUGCUGCCUCUGCAAACAGGGUGCUCCAGAGGGGCCUGUGGGGACUGAUGCUGCUCUUGUCUGUAGUCAUAUACGGCUCUCAUGCCCCUCUCCUGACCCAGUGUAAGGUGGAUGGGGUGAUCCCCUUCAGCUCCACGUCUGUGGUGGUUCUUGUCGAGCUGACAAAGCUGGUGUUCUCCCUCCUGUUCCUGCUGACCUGGGACCGGGAGCUGCUGGGAGUCACUCUGUCGUGGCACCACGUUGCCCCAUUUGGCCUCUCUGCCCUGCUCUAUGCUGCCAACAACAACCUGGUGGUUCACAUGCAGCUCUUCAUGGAUCCCAGCACCUACCAGGUCUUGAGUAACUUAAAGAUCGUCAGCACCGCACUCCUCUACAGCCUCUUCCUACGCCAAAGACUCAGCAUGCGCCAGUGGCUGGCUCUUCUGCUGCUGCUGGCUGCUGGGGUGAGCUACAGCUGUGGGGGCCUGCAGGACCCUGGCAGCCCCUCCGAGAUGAAGCUGCACAUCACACUGGUGGGCUUGGUGCUGAUCUCAGUGUACUGCCUGAUAUCAGGCUUGUCUGCUGUCUACACAGAAGCCAUCCUGAAGACCCAGGCGCUGCCUCUCAGCCUGCAGAACCUCUUCCUUUACUUCUUUGGGGUCCUGCUCAACUUGAUCGGCUACUUCUGGAGCAGCACAGAGGGUGGUUUCUUGGAGGGCUUCUCCUCCUGGGUGCUGGUGAUCGUGGUCAGUCAGGCUUUGAAUGGCUUGAUCAUGUCUGUGGUGAUGAAGCACAGCAGUAACAUCACCAGGCUCUUCAUCAUCUCCUGCUCUAUCCUGGUCAACGCCCUCCUGUCCGUCACCCUCUUCAAUCUGCAGCUCACCCUCCUCUUCUUCAUUGCUGUUUUGUGCAUCGGCCUCGCUGUUCACUUGUACUAUGGGCUCACGUAGGUGCUGCCUUCCUGCCCUUCGUGUGCCGAGGCAGCCUUUGAUUGUUCCUCAGGGGUGUUUGGUGCUGGUGCUGAAAGCACAGCCGUGCUCUGCCCAUCUGCCUCCCUGCCCUCGUGGUUGUGGGGAGUCACUACUGGUGGGUGCAUGCACGGAGUGCUGAGGACGAGAGUGCUCUGU